AGGAGUUGUCCACCACCGCGAUUGCGGCCUUACCGUCAUUGGGUGGUGGUUUUCCAGCAAACAACCCUUUUGGCGGCUUGGAUUUUGGGCAGCUGGGGUUGGUCGCUUCGCGGGCUUUGGGCCGCAACAGCAAUGGCAGUGGCACCAGCAACAGCAACAACAGUGAUCCCGCGACUCGUUUCGAUUGGGUCGGAGGACGCGGCUACGGCGUGGAAGAGCUCAUAGAAGACGCCGGGGGCACACCGCCUCCGCAGGCAUUAGGUGCCAUGAUGGGCAUGUGGCCGGACGAAGACACCACCUCCGCCGCCUCUAUCGCGACGGUUGGCUCAAAUGUAGACUUCAGCUGGUUUGUCGGAUGCGCUGACGCAAAACAACGGUGGCGGAUGCGUGACUUGACACUGCGUGAGGAAGUGGAUGACAAUUGUCCACUUCUAUGUGGGUUUGGGCCGGUAACGGACAGUAAGUCAUACGAAGCGUUUCGAAAGGAGAGUCGCGCCUUUUGGCAGUUUCUCGCCCCGGUGCUGAAGGACCCCAGUGUAUCCUACGGCCCGCAGGUUAUUGUGGGGGCGCAAAGUGAGAUUCUGUUUGUACUAAACCUCAUGCUAUCCACAUUCUUCUUUGGGGACGUCUGGUGCAAGCUACGGGAUUGUCACUGGAUCAAUGCCGCAAGCCGAUUUUAUGACUCUGCCUUUGAUUCACGAGCACAUCCUCACUCCUUUUUACCGUACAUGGAGCAGUUACAGCGGUCGCUGGAGCUUCGCCAGCUCCCGCGCUUCUUGGAGCCAGCCGAGUCCAGUGGGGAGGGGGUGAGUGCGGAAAGAGGAGGACAAGAAAGGAGUGAGGAGGACGAGGAGGAGGGCGAGGUGAAAAGCGGUGAACCAGGUGAGGUGCAGCAGAAGAACACAAGCCGGAACAAAAAGAGCAAUGGUAGCAAUAAAAAUCAGUGGGAGCGAUUCCUUGUUGCGGCGCAGUUGGGUGAGGACACCGAGGCAUUUAUUCGCCACGCCGCUUACCAUGGAGUAUCCGACGAUGACGAUGGAUUUGAUGAAAAGAACCAUCAGCACGACCCAAACACGAUUCGAAAGUUAGAGCUGCUGCGCGGUGUGCAGGAGUUCUGGAACGCGCAGGACCGUCGCGAGUGUUCCAUGCUCCACGAAGGUGAAACCGCCAAGGAGUCGGCACCACUUGCGCUCAAAAUUGCUUUGACGUUGGCUCGGCAAAACGAGGACAGUUGUGUGGAGACGUCUGCCUGUCAUGCUCUGGAGGGAUACUUACGCUGUUUUUCCUUCCAGUGCGUCAA